AUGGAGGACAUCGAAGGCGGCAAAAUCGAAGACGCGUACAGGAAAUCAUUUUUACCGAUGGACGACGAGAGCAACGGCUCUGAGGAUAAGGGAUUAAGGAACGACGGAGGAGACAUUGAGUUUAGCCCGUAUUUCGGCGACGAAGGUUUGGCGAUGAAGAACGACGAGCAAGAUAACGAGAUGAUGGGGUUCUUUAAGAGAAGCGUGGCGAGUCGCGCGCGGUCGGCGUCUGGGAGGUCCAGUCCCCCGAGCAGUGGUGGAAGGAAAUCUCUCAACAACAACAGCAACAGCAAGGCGGCGAGCUCGAAGAAACAACAGUCGAACCAAAACAACAACAACAACAACACCGCGAGGCAAAAUCUCACCGGUAAAAAACGAAAAGCAGCUACAGGACAUCAUCGUCAUCAUGCACACGCGAGAGACGAUCCGAGAUUAUCACUGUACGAUUACGCGCACGAUUUAGUCGACGAUCCGAGUAAAGGAAGUUCCGAGGAUAACGGAGGAAAUACAAACAGCGGAGAUAACGCGAGUAACGAGAAUACCAACGGAGGCACGUCUUCCAGACGACGAACGAAUCGAAGCAGCUCGUCGAACUCAUCGAGAGAGGAGCUCUUUCAACUCGGCGCUGGGAUGGGAACAACAGCGACAACUUCGACGAAGAGGGGUCAAUCUACGUCGUCAGCGCCUUUGAGUAAGAGGAAAGCGCCGACGACGAGUACGAAGAAAUCGACAUCGUUAACCAAACCGAAAGCAAAGAAAGAAACAAAGAAACCGACAAAGACGACGACCGCGACAAAAUCAGGUAAACCGAAGAAGAAAUUAGGACGACCUCGGAAAGAGGAUAACUCACUGGGGACGUUGUUUGCUCCGGCGACGAAGAUCGCUCGCGGUAAACGAACGACCGUUUCGCGCAAAGCGAAAGCCAACGUGUCUGCUUCGGUCCUGCUUAAAGGCAUCGGGUCUAACGAAUCGAUAUCCAUCGAAGGAGAGAUUCCAGCGAUUGAGAUAGAGAUCGAAACAACGAAAAAUGUUGACAGUAUAGAUCAGUCGCCGAAGCAUAUGCAAGCAAAACAGACCAGAGUCUCACAAAACGACGAAACUAUCAACCCCGGAGGCGCCGCGUCCGAGUUUCUCUUUCGAAAUCAGAAUACUACCGCCAACGCCACCACGGCCUCCAAAAAUAUCGACAAAAACCAAACCAUGUCGAAUUUACUGUAUAUUCAAAGUCAGGAACAACAAAUGUUGAUGCAGCAGCAACUCGAGGAGCGACAACGGUUGACAUCCUCCAUUAACGAUGCGGCGGCGGCAGAGAAUAAGAACGGCGCUACCGCCGCGGCUACGAAGAAGAACAUCAAACAAAGGAAAAAACGAGAGGCACAGAAAGAAGAGCAAAAUGCCAUGGUAUUCGAUCGAUCUCACGCCCCAGGCGGCGACGAGCGACCCGCGGUGUUAGCUCGAUACCUCGAAAAGAGAAAAUCGAGGAAGUUUGCCAAGAAAAUUCACUACGAGAGUCGAAAGGUGAGAGCUGACAACCGCGUGCGCGUAAAAGGCCGAUUCGCGAGCGGGAGCGUAAACAUCGUCGAGAAACAUCCUCACGACGAGGAAAAGACUUCUGGGCAAGCGCAACUCACGCACGCGCAAAAACAGACUCAGGAAAUAAUGCGAGCCGUCGGUUCUGCCGGCGCCAGUUUAGCCGCCGAGAAGGAGAUGAUGCGUGGUAAAGAAACGAAUGCGGAAAAAGCAGUCCUUCAGCGCGCGCCUCCACCUCCAUCGCCGACGUCGCUGGCGCUUACGACGAACACAUAA